CACACACACACAGGCAGAGACAGAGGGCCCAUUCUUGCACAAAGUGGGCCGGCUGCAGUGACGAUGUCCUCCUAACACAGUCUUGGAGAGGAGGAGAUCGGGGGGGUUGAACAUGAGUGGAAAAGCAAAACCGGAACAGAAAGUGAAGCCAUGUCACCGUGUGUGUGUGUGUGUGUGUGUGUGGGAGGGGGGGGUGUGUGUCAGUGUGUGAGGAAGAAGAAGAACUUUGAAGAAGCAGACAAGACGAUGGCUGAAGACGGACUGGAGGACACUUGACUUGGAGACUGAAGAUUCAACUAACCUAAGAAGAAAGGCCACAUUUUGGUGACUUCCGUCGAUGGAUCGGUGCUUGAUUUUGACCACCAAAUGUCAACAUGCGCAUCCUUAAAAAGACACUGUAAGGAUUAACUGAACUUCAACUUCAACGAGACAAAAGCCAUGGCGGAACCUCCUACAGAGAGCAUCCACCACUUCUUCAACCAGCUGUGGAGCUUUGUGGAGGAGAAACACAAGGAAGGUGUCCACAACACCGUCUGCCUGGUGGUCCUCCUCACUCUCCCACUCCUGGUCCUUCUCACCACCUUGCUGGUGUGCUGCCACUGCUGCUGCUGUCGCCAUGCCAACAGAUGCUGCUGUCGAUGUGCAGGAGAAGGUGGAGGAUGUCAGACUGCAGCGUUGGAAUCGAAGAUUAAGAAUAAGAAGAAAAAAAAUUCUAACAAUAAUGAGGAUUUGUGGAUUUCGGUCAAGACGGGGCAGAUGACACCCGAUCGGGUUGCUUUGCCGAUGGAGUAGGAGAUAAAAAAAUAAAUCAGUGUUAUAGCCGGUAGUUUUCCAUUAGCCAUGUAGGACACGCAGUGCUGUAAUGUUUACAUUUUGUUUGUGGUACAAACAUUUAUUACAGACGUGUGUGUGAGUGUGUGCGUGUGAGUGUGUUGUUGAAGCGUCCAUCUGAAAUACAUUGUCUGCAUUCAGGGAGGAAAGCCCAUUUUAAAAGGGAACAUUAUCACAAUUUCAGAAGGGUUAAAACCAAUAAAAAUCAGUUCUCAGUGGCUUAUUUUAUUUUUUGAAGUUUUUUUCAAAAUUUUACCCAUCAUGGAAUAUCCCGAAAAAAGGCUUUAAAGUGCCUGAUUUUCGCUAUCUGUAAAUCCAGCCGUCCAUUUUCCUGUGACGUCACUGCGUGAUGCCAAUACAAACAAACAUGGCGGAUAUAGCGACAUUAGCUCAGAUUCAGACUCGGAUUUCAGCGGCUUAAGCGAUUCAACAAAUCACGCAUGUAUUAAAACGGAUGGUUGGAGUGUGGAGGCAGAUAGCGAAAACAAAAUUGAAAAAGAAACUGAAGCUAUCGCGCGAAUAGCUAUUGAAGCUAUUCGGCGAUCCCCUUCUAACCAACGAUUGCAUCUUUUGACCACUGGAGCAACUUAAAUCCGUCGAUUGGUAAGUGUUUGUUUGGCAUUAAAUGUGGGUGGAGGGAAAGGCUGGAUGCAAAUAUAGCUACAAAUGAGGCAUAUUGAUACAAUAUGUACAUACAGCUAGCCUAAAUAGCAUGUUAGCAUGUCGUGCAAAUAUAGCUACAAAUGUACAUACAGCUAGCCUAAAUAGCAUGUAAGCAUUGAUUAGCUGGCAGUCAUGCCGUGCGCAAAUAUGUCAGAUUAGCACAUAAAUCAAUAACAUCAACAAAACUCACCUUUGUGAUUUUGAUUACUUUAUCGUUGGAAAUGCAUCUGCUUUGAGUGUCGCAGGAUAUCCACACAUCUCUGUCGUAGCAUCGCUAUCGUCGGUAAAAUGUGCAGAACAAACGAGGGACUUUCGCAUCUUUUGACACUGGUGCAACUUGAAUCCGUUGAUUGAUAUGUGUUUGUUUGUGGGUGGAGGGAAAGACUUGAUGCAAAUAUAGCUACAAAUGAGGCAUAUUGAUGCAAUAUGUACAUACAGCUAGCCUAAAUAGCAUGUUAGCAUCGAUUAGCAUGCUGUGCUAAUCGAUGCACACUCCACGUAAGUCAACUUAAAUCCGUCCCUGAUCGUGUUGUUACACCCUCCGACAACACACCGACGAGGCAUGAUGUCUCCAAGGUACGGAAAACAGUCGAAAAAACGGAAAAUAACAGAGCUGAUAUGACUUGUGUGUGUAAUGUGUUUGAGAAAAUGGCGGAUUGCUUCCCGUUGUAACAUCACGGGUGAAAGGUCAUCGCUCCGACAGCGGACGAUUGAAAUGCGUUUAAAUCGCCAAAUUCACCCUUUUAGAGUUCUGAAAUCUGCUAAAUGAAUAUAUGGUCUUUUUUCUGCAACAUCAAGGUAUAUAUUGACGCUUACAUAGGUCUGGUGAUAAUGUUCCUCUUUAAACCUGGCUGUGACUGUGAGUGCGUACUUGUCGAAAGCAAUAUAUCGCAUGAUGAUGUCUCACUUUUUUUAAUAAGAAAAUAAACAAAAAACAGAU